GGUCGAAAACACCUUCAACUUCAAGUUUUGAUCAGGUCUUCCGCAGGGCCCACGCCCGCGGGGCUCUUCCCUAUCAUAAUAUUACCUACUGUUAGCAGGGAGAGUCCAGAGCAUUGCUGCCAACAAGCGAAGCCAAUAAGCUCAGCACCACCCCAUGCCAUGACUUGCCGCGUCACUGUCCAAAAUUUCUGGGGUGCGCUUCCAUUUGCCUCCCGCUUCAUGCAGAAAGAGGGGCUUCUUUCUAGCCAGCUGAAUGCGUGGAGGUCCAGCAUUGCUGGUCUUCAUGGAAAUGCUGUCAGGGGAAUGUAUGCAAAUGAGAACGAGGAAGAAGGCGGCGGCGCAAAGAGGGCUCAGGAUGCAGGAGAAGCAACCAAUGCCAGUUUCCUGCGUUUUGCAGUGGUUGGCAGCGGGCCAGCGGGGUUUUACACCGCCGAUCGACUACUAAAAACGUUCCAGAACGCAGCAGUGGACAUCAUUGAGAGGCUGCCAACCCCGUUUGGCUUGAUUCGCUCGGGGGUGGCUCCGGACCACCCGGAGACCAAGGCAGUCAUCAACCAGUUCUCUGCGGUUGCUGCUGGUGAGAGGGUCGGCUUCUUUGGCAACGUGACUUUGGGCAAGGACGUCUCAGUCGAGGAGCUCCAACAGCUAUAUCAUGGGGUUGUCCUGGCUUAUGGUGCCGAGAGCUGUCGGACGCUGGGGGCCCCUGGCGAGGACCUGCCGAACGUUCUGUCGGCUCGCGAGUUCGUAUGGUGGUACAACGGGCAUCCUGACUACGUUUCUCUUCCAGUGGACUUGGAGUCGGCCGAGACCGCUGUCAUCCUGGGGCAAGGCAACGUAGCCUUGGAUUGCGCCCGCAUUUUGCUGCGCAACACGGACGAGCUCGCUAAAACGGACAUUGCGGCCCACGCUCUCGAGGCGCUGCGGAAGAGCAAGGUGCGGCGGGUGCUCGUCGUGGGGCGGCGGGGGCCUGCGCAAGCGGCGUGCACGGCGAAAGAAGUACGGGAGAUCCUGGGCGGUGGCCUUGCUACAGGGCUUAAGGACGUUAAAAUUACCAUACACGACAGCGACCUGCAAACGACAGCCCUGGACCAGGAGGAGAUGAAAGCGAGCCGCACGCAUCGGCGCGUCUUCGACCUCCUUCAGAAGGCUGCUUCCAGACCACCGCCAGCGGGGGCGACCAAGGAGCUCGAGUGGGUGUUCUUUCGGUCGCCGGUCAGCUUCUACGCGUCGAAGGACGAGCAAGGGAAGCAGACGGUCGGGGGAGUGCGGUUCCAGAAGACCCGGCUAGAAGGAGGAGGCAACGGCAGGUCCCAGAGGGCGGUCGGUCUUGCAGAAUUCGAAGACGUGCCGGCCGGGCUGGUGCUGCGGAGUAUAGGCUACAAGUCGCUGCCAGUGCCGGGCCUCCCCUUCGACUACCAAAAGGGUGUGGUCCCGCACCAGCAGGGCCGGGUUCUUAGCAGCGAAGGCGCGAGCGCGAGCGCGAGCGGGGCGCCAGCGGGGGAGGUUCCGGGGCUGUACGUAGUGGGCUGGCUUAAGCGGGGCCCCACCGGAAUUAUCGGAACGAACCUGAUCGACGCGGAAGAAACGGUUGCCAGCAUUGCUGAAGACGCAAAGCGAGGCCUUAUUGGCGGGUUCGACGCCGCUCGGCAAGGCGGCGAGGGGCUGAGGCUUUUGCUGCGGGACAAGGGCGUAACCCACGUGCCUUUCGAGGGGUGGAAGAGGAUAGACGCCGUCGAGGUCGAGCGGGGGGCGGAUAAAGGGAAGCCGCGAGAGAAGAUGGUCGAUGUUCAGGAGAUGGUGAAAGUGGCAGGGUCGACGUCGUAAGAAUGUUAGAGCUUCUGAGACGUAAAGGGCGUGAUUGAAAGCUUUCUGCUCGGAGCCUUUGGCUUUAGCCCAUGUCUCACACAAUUCCCUAGGUCAAGGCGGGCAUCUAACGAGAUCAGACUGUUUUAAGUAUGCAUACGUAUGGAAUAACAUGUUAUUCCUCGUAUGAUUAUCAAUGGGACAGUCACUCUGCAAAUGCACAAUUCACACCAUGCACGGC